GCUGCUUCAGCUUUCCCUUCGACCGAAAAAUUAGGUUUGCUCGACCGGCGACGAGGAGCUGUGAGGAGCUUCUUCCUCCCCUUCUCCCUCCUCUUUCAAUUCGAAGGAUUCGAGUUUGGAGUUGGGGAUUCCCUUUUCAAAUCCUUCUGUUGAGUGGCGGGCGUCUGCUUCUGGGCUCUUGACUUUGACCGUUGGACUCCAUUUCUCUGUCGAAUCCGAUCUCUCUAUUUUGAAGUUGUUUUGUUCGGGACUGAUAUAUUUAUAUCUGCUGGAGCAUAACAAUGGCUUCAAAACGUAUCCUGAAGGAACUCAAGGAUUUGCAGAAGGACCCGCCCACUUCCUGCAGUGCUGGUCCUGUGGCUGAAGACAUGUUUCACUGGCAAGCAACUAUUAUGGGACCUUCUGAUAGCCCAUAUGCUGGAGGAGUGUUCCUAGUCACCAUCCACUUUCCUCCUGAUUAUCCCUUCAAGCCCCCAAAGGUUGCAUUUAGGACCAAGGUCUUCCACCCAAACAUAAAUAGCAAUGGAAGUAUUUGUCUCGACAUAUUGAAGGAACAGUGGAGUCCAGCUCUUACCAUAUCCAAGGUGUUGCUCUCAAUCUGCUCACUGCUCACUGAUCCAAACCCCGAUGAUCCUCUAGUCCCAGAGAUUGCCCACAUGUACAAGACUGACAGGGCCAAGUACGAGGCUACUGCUCGUAGCUGGACUCAGAAGUACGCAAUGGGAUAGCCCUGCACCUGAAAAACACUCAAAAGUACUGCAUUGGAAAAGGCAGAAAGCUCGCGGUUGCUGUUUGUCCCCAGGGGCAAAUUAGUUUGGUCAUAAACUUUGUUCUAAUUAAUCAUUCUAGACCCUGAAAUUAUUGUGCUGGAACCAGGAACUGAAAACAUGUACGGACACAUGUUUCCCCUGUUGCGACUACUGUUUGUCAAGAGUUUCUGAAGUGUUUAUAUACUCAUGAGGAUUCAUUUGGUCGUUUA